GGUCAGAAUCCAGAAGAAUGAAGAAGAUGUUUCUAUUAUUGUUUUUCAUAAUCUCUUCUAUUUCAACAACUCAGCUUCAAGGACAGUUUGACGAUGGGACUGCUAAAAAUUUAGGAGAACCUAACACUAUGGAAAAAGAACCAGGGAAUAUCUCUGACCACCAACCAAUCUGUUCACAUGACAUCCAUGCUGUUCUGAGACAGAUGAGUGCCUCUCUUGCAGGACUGAAAGUGGGCAUGGGCUUCUUACAGAGGGACAAUGAAGCCCAAGCAACAAAGACAAGAGAACUGGAGCAACAGUACCAAGGUCAGUCAGCUAAGAUCCAAGAAUUGGAACAACAAAAGUCUGAGCUGCAACAACAAUAUCAAGUACAAGCUGCCAAGAUAAAAGAGUUGGAGUUGCAAAUGAUAGAGAUGGACAAGCUUAAGCUGCAAUUUGAAGCACAAGGAAAUGAACUGAUGGAAAUUAAAAGCAGAACAAACAUCACACAAAAAAAAGUGGAGUUUCUUAACAGAGAAAGAGAAGUGCAACGAGUGGCAUUCUCAGCAUCUUUGAUGGCCUCAGGGGGAGGAGACAUUGGCCCUUUUAAUGCAUACACUUCUCUGAUUUUCAAAAAUGUUGUUUCAAAUAUUGGAAACGCCUAUAACCCAAAUACAGGUUUUUUUACAGCUCCAGUGAGAGGUGCCUACCACUUUAAUUACCACAUUUAUGGACAUGGACAUUCUUCACAUGGUUCCGGAGCAGUGCUGGUCAAGAAUGGAGAGUACAUUUUCAUGGCAUAUGAACAUCAAACUACACUCGGUGCCAACUCUGCGAACAGCGUCACUUUGCUCUUAGAGGCUGGAGACGUAGUGUAUUUGCUUCAGAGGGCUCACACAAGGAUUUUUGAUGAUCAGCUGCACUAUACCACCUUCAGCGGGCUUCUGCUUUUCCCCUUGUGCAAUGAUAAAUGUUAAACAUUUUAUUAUAUAUUUUAUACCCCGCCUCUUGCCCUUAGAGGGCUGGAGAUAAGCACCAUUUUAUACAUAAUAUACAUUUCCAAAUAUUUAGUGUCAUAGUAAGGGGUCAAUAUUGUACUCUUUAUUGUAAGUCAUGUACAGUAUGUAACAACAUAAAGAGUACAUUACUUAUAAGGCUCCAGAAAUGAAUUCUCCUUCAUUAAAGAAUCAGGGUUUUAAAUAUGAUUGAUUUAAAAUAAAAUUUGACAGAUUUUUGACUCACUUUUUUUUUAUUUUUACAUAAGUUGUCUUUUAUGAAAAAGCCGCCGUAUCUUGAUCACCAUGUAUCAGGUUCAUUUCAUAUUAGAUAUUUUAGUUAAAACAUGAGGGGAAGUUGAGCAAUAAUAUUUGACACAUUCUAUAGAUUAAUUCCAAGCUACAUAUGAAAACAAGACAUUUCUUACUCUAGAUU